CAACUCCCAGCAGGUUGUGCGCGCUAGACAGGCGGGUCCUUCUGCCGGAAGUCUGCGCCAGCCUUUGGAGGCCCCUACAACUGCGGAGCCAGAGCCGCCCAGUCGCUGCGGGGACCCGGGCCGCUGGGGUCCGAACGGGGGUCGUCAUGAUCCGCUUCAUCCUCAUCCAGAACCGGGCAGGCAAGACGCGGCUGGCCAAGUGGUACAUGCAGUUUGAUGAUGAUGAGAAACAGAAGCUGAUCGAGGAAGUCCACGCCGUGGUCACCGUCCGGGAUGCCAAGCACACCAACUUUGUGGAGUUCCGGAACUUCAAGAUUAUCUACCGCCGCUAUGCUGGCCUCUACUUCUGCAUCUGCGUGGAUGUCAACGAUAACAACCUCGCCUAUCUGGAGGCCAUCCACAACUUUGUGGAGGUCCUUAAUGAAUAUUUCCACAAUGUGUGCGAGCUGGACCUGGUGUUCAACUUCUACAAGGUUUACACGGUGGUGGACGAGAUGUUCCUGGCCGGAGAGAUCCGGGAGACGAGCCAGACGAAGGUGCUGAAACAGCUGCUCAUGCUCCAGUCCCUGGAAUGAGGGAGGCACUGCCCCUGCCUCCUGCCCUCCUGCCCCCCACAGCUGUCCCCAGGAGAGACCCCAGGAAGGACCCGGGGCGUCUGGGCUGCGAGACAGGAGACCGCACCCCCACUGCCUUGGGCUGCCCUGGUGUCCCAUGUGGCUGUCACCGUGUGAUGCCAUUCCUUGUCUGUGAUGCUGUGCGUGUGUGUGCGUGGAGCCCCAAUAAACCUGUGGUCCUGCCUGGUA